CCGAAAUCUUGACUUUGGUUCGUAUGUUCGUAAUCACUCAUUAGUCAUUUCAAAACGUUAUUUUUAAUUUCUUCAUUCGAAAUUACGAAUUUUCUAAGGCCACUCUGAAAUGAUCCAUCGCAAACUCUCACUAUGAAUUAACCUCGCGUCCUCUCGACCCCUAAAACUCAUCUGUUUCGGUGAACUUACCCAGUGAAAAUGCUCAGUGAUCCUUUGGACGACGAUUCUUUCACUUCUGAUUAUUACGAAACUGACGCCAAACAGAUCCCAUACAAAAGUAUAAUCAACGGCGAAACCGAAGAUGGACUUAUAUUCCAGCAGCUCGAUAUCUUCUCCCAAGGAUUCCACAUCAUGGAGGAGUUUCGUAAAGAAGAAAAGCUCUGCGAUGUGAUCCUGAAAGCUGACAAUCAAUCAUUUAGUGGACAUCGUAUCGUAUUAGCUGCCACUAUACCUUACUUUAAAGCUAUGUUUUCUUACGAUAUGGUCGAAAGUAAACAGAAGGAAAUUGUUAUUCAGGGCAUUGACGCCAUUGCACUGGAAGCUCUAGUCAAAUUCUCGUACACUGGUCGAGUACUAAUAAAUAUACACAACGUACAGUCGCUCAUGUUUGGAGCAUCUUUUCUACAACUUUUGAGAGUUAAAAACGCUUGCGGAGAUUUUCUCAAAAAAAGAUUCAAUCCGAACAAUGUCCUAGGUAUAAGAUCGUUCGCUGAUACUUUGGGAUGCACUCAACUAACCGAAGCUGCUGAUAAAUAUAUCCAAAAACAUUUCCACGAAGUUUCACUAUCCGAUGAGUUUCUAUCGAUUAAUGGAGGCGAAUUACUCGAUAUCGUGAAAAAAGAUGACCUAAAUGUUACUUCUGAAGAACAAGUUUUCGAAGCUGUGAUGCGAUGGGUUAACAAAGACCAAGAUGUGAGGAAAUCUUUACUUCCUCAUUUACUGGCGUUUGUUCGAUUACCAUUAAUGAAAUUACCUUAUCUCGUCGAUAAAGUAUCGAGCAAUCAAUUAAUCAAAUCGUCUCACGAAUGCAGAGAUUUACUAGACGAAGCUCGAGACUACCAUCUAAUGCCCGAACGACGUCCUCUAAUACAGGAAUUCAAACUACAGCAACGUUAUUGUAAACUCCUAAUUGGGUAUAUUUUCGCUGUAGGCGGAUUGACUAAAUCUGGCGAUUCUCUCAGCACAGUCGAAGUCUACGAUCCAACAACCGGUAAAUGGGAGAUGGCUGAGGCGAUGAGUAUGCUUAGGAGUCGAGUCGGAGUAGCUGUCAUGCAUAAUAAACUCUUUGCUGUCGGAGGAUACAACGGUUCGGAGAGAUUAUCAACCUCAGAGGUGUUCGAUCCGGUGAAACGAGUGUGGAGUCGAGUCUCUCCGAUGCAUUUUAACCGAAGCGCUGUCGGUGCUGCUGCUCUUAAUGGAAGAUUAUACGUUUGCGGAGGAUACGACGGGAUCACUUCGUUGAAUACGGUCGAGUGCUAUAUACCUGAAAGAGACGAAUGGAAUGUAAUCACUUGUAUGCAAAAGCAUCGUAGUGCCGGUGGCGUUGCUGCGUUCAACGAUCACGUUUACGCUCUCGGUGGACACGAUGGGUUAUCUAUUUUCGAUUCGGUCGAAAGAUACGAUCCUAAAAUCGGUAUUUGGACUUCGGUCACACCAAUGCUAACGAAAAGAUGCAGACUAGGAGUAGCUGUUCUAAACGGUAAACUUUACGUCUGCGGAGGCUACGACGGAGCUAAAUUCUUGAAAACCGUCGAAGUAUACGAUCCUGAAACCGAUAAAUGGCAGUUUGUCGCAUCGAUGAACGGAAUGCGCAGCAGAGUAGCAUUGGUUUCAUCAAUGGGUAAACUUUGGGCAAUCGGAGGCUACGACGGUGAAUCUAAUUUACCCACAGUCGAAGUAUACGAUCCUCAGAUCGACUCUUGGUCAUUUGUAGCUCCAAUGUGUGCUCACGAAGGAGGUGUAGGAGCCGGUGUGAUACCUUUAUGUAAACCAGAUCAUGGCUGGAAAAACGAACGCGAACGAGGAACCGAACUAGAACGAGUAAAAGAGCAAAAGAAUGGUUUCUUUUGAAACAAGCACGAGCGAUUAGUUUUUCUUCUAGAUCUGAAUCAGACUUACAAACAAUUGGCAUUUUGUAUUGUAUCGCAUUUUCCCUCCUUUUUGCAUAUUUUUUAUGAUCUCAUUUCUCGUUUAUUAUUUUACUGUUCGAACGUUAUAAAUGUACGUAUGUUUCGUUUUUGUUUUCAUUAUUUUUCAAUUUCUUCUUCUACUAUCGUUUCUUUUUACCAUUUUUAUGUUCAUUCGUGAAUUAAGUUACGCUUCUUCAUUAUACAUAUUACGUGUAUGUGUAAUUUUUCUCAAUGAAUCGUGUUCGAAUAUUAGACGAGCAUAUGGCACCGUCGUUAAUCUAUCUUUAAAUAUAUCACUGUGAGUAACUCAAGAGAGAGUACUCUGUAAAAGUAUCGCAUUUUCAAAGGUUUUGCAAUUAUUCAAUCGUCCUUAGAUAGUGAUUUAUAUCAUUUGGUUAUUUUAUUAUCAUUAUUAUUCGUAAUUUAUGACGUAUAACGUUGGAAAAUAUAUUUUUUUGCGCUUUUA